AUGGGGAAGAGCUAUAAGAGCUGGGAACUAACAUCCGUUCUGGUCGCUGGAACAUCAACUUUCGAACCGGGGUUCGACACAAUGUUUGCGGAACCAGGUGAUUCGCUCAUAACUUCAGCGGCAGCUUCCGCGGUAACACCCUUAUCUGCGAGUUCAACAUCAAGAUCCUCAACCACACCUCAAACUUCACAGACUCGUACCACCGCAUCGACACCCUUCCUUUCCGCAACAAACACUCCAGUCGCCGCAGCUUCCAGCUCAACCCCCACAAUAGUCGGAGCAGCAGUUGGUAUUUCUCUCGACCUCGCUGUCAUAGUAGCUCUCUAUUUCUCUAUCGCGAACGCCAAAGGCGCAAGAAACUACAGACUGAAAAACUUGGGAUCAAUAAACUAG